AUGCGCCUCUCUACCCUCUUCCUCUCUCUCAUCACUGUCGUCUCUGCCUACCCCCAGCAGAAGGCGGCACAGCCUACCUUCUCCCGCCGUGUCAUCUUCACACCACCCUCCAACUACCUUGACCCUCGCGUCCUCUACGCGCGCUCUGCUCAAUUUGCAGACGGGUCCCUGCUAGCAACAUGGGAGAACUACAGCCCCGAGCCUCCUAAGGUCUACUUCCCCAUCUAUCGCAGCACAGAUGGCGGAUUGAACUGGAAGGAAAUCUCCCGCGUGCAAGACACCGAGCAAAAGUGGGGUCUACGCUACCAGCCGGACCUGUACAUCCUGCCCGAGGACUUCGCCGGGUUCAAGGCAGGCACUGUCCUCCUUUCCGGAUCCUCCAUCCCUACCGACCUGUCCAAGACGCAAAUCGAGCUCUACGCAUCCACCGACAAGGGCGUGUCAUGGAAAUUCAUCUCGCACAUCGCUGCAGGCGGUGAGGCACGACCCAACAACGGGCUGACGCCUGUCUGGGAGCCGUUCCUCAUGCUCUACAAGCAGAAGCUGAUUUGCUACUACUCUGAUCAGCGCGACAACGCGACUCACGGACAGAAGAUGGUGCAUCAGACGACGACGGACUUGAAGAAGUGGGGCAAGGUCAUUGACGACGUCGCGUAUCCCAAGUACACUGACCGCCCAGGCAUGCCGACUGUUGCGCUGCUGCCCAAUGGCAAGUACAUCAUGACGUACGAAUAUGGCGGCGGCCCAGCGAUCACCACCUCGUACCAAUUCCCCGUGUACUUCAAGAUCUCGGCCGACCCCGAGAAAUUCGGCCCGGUCACUGGCGUGGUGCUCAAGGCAUCCGACGGCACUAUCCCCACUGGCUCACCGUAUGUUGUGUGGAGUCCGGUUGGCGGCAAGAACGGCACCAUCAUCGUCAGCUCGUCCAGCGCAACCGAGGUAUUCAUCAACAGGGCCCUGGGCGAGGGACCGUGGAAGAAGGUCGACACGCCCGAGACCGCAUCGUAUACCAGGCACCUCCGCGUCCUGAACGAUCCUACCAAGCUGCUCAUCUUGGGCGGAGGCAAGCUGCCGCCUAGCACUACGAACAAGGUGCAGCUUUCCGUCGUUGACAUUAGCAAGUGGUAG